CAGAUUUUUAGGACACCAUUUUGAGACCAACGACAGUGGAAAUUGUGGUGUCUUACUUUUUCAGUUUUUGCUGAAAAGACCGAGUCAAGUUAAUUUCAAAGUGCAAAGAUGAGUAACAACACCAGAAGAAGGGCCGUUGUCAAUCAGAAGGUGGGCAUUGAUUUGACUCAUGACCAUGAAGUGUCUCUCAAACCACGGUUAAGAAGUUGCAAAGUGCUACCCUCUGAUAACACAGGAAGUUAUGCUCCAUUCUGUCAAAGUCUGAACAGCAAAGAAUUUCAAGAUUCUCCACAUGAGCAGAAUUUGCAGACUAAGAAGUCCCCACAGAAAGUUAGCACACAAUGUGUCAUUGUUCCGGAAAACAAGAAAGUCAUGCCUCCAAGAAACCAGGAAUUGACCACAAAGACUCUUGAAAAAGACCCAACAGAGGACCUUAUUAAUAAGGAGAUAGAAGACAUGCAGUUAACAACCAAUGUUACUGUUAAUUUAUUGGACCAGCUCUUCAAAGAUUAUCCCCCAGAUGGGGAUUUAUGGUCCGUGGAUAUCAGGGUACCCAACUCAUCAAAGGCAACAGAGGCAGAGAAUACAAAUUCUGCUGUGAAGGAAUUGCUCAUUCCUUGGACCCAGUCUUCCCAAAGCUCUGAUCAGUUACCCGAUAGUGACUUGAAUGUACAGGGAAGCCAUGCCAGCUUCGCUUCUACCAGCACAGAAAAUUGUCCUCAAACACAGAGCUCAGGGGCUGAUUUAAGGGAAAUGUUGCAGACCCUAGAGACUGGCUCUGCAGUUGGUAACGAAAUGAUGCUGAGCCCAGAAGCAGAUUUCGAAAUGUUGCAAAACCUAGAGGCUAGCUUCAAGGAUGACACUGAUAUUUCACACAGUCGAGGGACUGACUACCAGCUUGACAAGGAAUUGAUGCUUCUUCAAGAGGCUGCCUUAGAGCCUGAUGGGGAAAUGUCAGGAAUGGACGCUAGAUUCUUUCAGGCAGUCCCAGUCAAGAAUUGCAGAGAAGAUGCAGACUGUUGUACAACUACAGUGCCUUCAGAUCAUCAUACGGGGUUUGAAGGAGAAACUGACAUGGAUCAGGAGAUGACUUGUGAUGAUUUACCGGAAGAGAUUCCCAAGGAUAAAUUUUCCCUAGGAGAUGUUGUUCAUGGAAGUACCAACGCUGUAGAGGACUUGGCCCAGAGACAUGAUCAUCAUCUACUGAAAACCGGCGUACAUGGUGUUUACACUGACAAGAGUUUCGAAGCUCUGAGAUUGGAGACUCGGAAACCUGACAUUAUCCAGUCCACAAAGCUCGGUCAGGGGUCAUUUGGAGUUGUUGUCAAGUGUGUUGGGCCCAACCAUUUAGAAUUUGUAAAGAAAAAGGUGACCGGGAAAUUCCACCAACCAGAGGCUGUAUUUACCAACAGAGCCACGCAUCCAAAUAUCAUCAAGUCAUAUGGAUUGAUUGUUAACUUUGGGAAAGUGGAAAUCAUCAUGGAAUUUGCAGGACAAUCACUGCUGAGCUUGGUGAACACAGUGAAGCCUCUACAAGAAAGCAUCAUCAGGUCUCUGACCUUGGACCUUUGUUGUGGUCUAGCGUUCCUGGAAUCUGAAAACGUGGUUCAUUUCGAUAUCAAACCUGAAAACCUCUUUGUGCAAGAAGACGAGAAAAAUGGAUACAUUCUUAAGAUUGGUGAUUUUGGGUCUGCCCGAAUGCCUGGGGCACAGACGGAAAUGACAGCUUGGACUGCUGUAUACUGUACCCCAGAGAUGGCAAGACUGUUUCUGAAAAGAAACUUUCCAGGCCUGUUGGAGAACCUUGGGAUUUUACUGACCGAGCAAGAAAUAGAAAGAACCCUCCAACCCAAGACGGACAUGUUCUCUGCUGGGUUGGUGGUGUUGUUUAUGUAUGUCGGGGACCACGUGUUAAAUCAGUUCAUCACCAGGGACAAACCUAACAUCACAGACAAUAAGGAAAAGCAACUGGCCAUUCUGUUGUCUCUGUCGAAUCAACCACUCCCAGAAUCCUUGUUGAUCCAGGAGCCAAUGGGCCCAGAGAUGAGGAGAGUUCUACAGGGAAUGCUGAAGUUUGAUGUUGAGAAAAGAUCCUCAGCUGAAGAGACAAUGAUGAUGAUAAAAGCCAUGUUAUCUGCAAAAGACCAAAAUACGCCACUGUCAGAGAGAGCUGUAGAAGAAAAUGUAGUGGCGCAGAAGAAGAUCCAGUCGGGCAGACCACGGGCAAGACGAGGACGUUGCAAAAAGAAACAGGAAGCUCCGUCAUCCACACCACAGAUUAAAAUGACAGAGAAGAGUGAGCAGAUAUUGGCAGAAAACCCACAGCUGAAAAAGCGCAUGGUGAAAGGUGAACUGAAGAGAAAGCUACUCAAGCAUCCAUCCGCCAUUCCAGACAAAGUCAUGAAGCCCAUGGAGCUAGACCUGGAAAUGAGGGAAUCAAGUCAGAGUGGUUCAGUCAGUGGGAUACAGAUAAGAAUGUCAUUGGAUGGGAACCAGGAAUCGGAAUCACUGCAGGAGGGAGCUCGAGACAGGGCAGGAUUGUUGACUGAUUGCUACCAGACAGGGUACUUUGGAGGAAUCAGUGAGGCCUAUUUUCCAUUAGAGCAGCCAUUUUCUGAGGUGCAGAUUAGUGAGAAUCACCACCCCAUCCGUCAGGCUGAAGAUGAUUGGUCAAUUCAGGAGUCUAAUCAGAAGCCUGAGCCAGUUGGCAAUUUGCCAGAUCUUGGAUGUCUUGGCAUUGAUUAAGAGUCUUGGCAUAUAAGGGAGGAUAAAGAAUAGUCAUUGUAUGAUGGAGGUUUUCCCGUA